CGGCAGAGCCACAGUGCCCCCCAGCAGGGCCACGGUACUUCCAAGGCUGCGUCUUUGCACUGGACAGGUGAGCGAGCUGUCAGUGUCCUCUUGCUGGGUCUCCUUCCUGCUGCCUACCUGUAUCCUGGACCAGCCGUGGACUAUUCACUGGCUGCAGCCCUCACUCUCCAUGGCCACUGGGGUCUUGGACAGGUGAUAACUGACUACGUCCAUGGAGAUACACCCAUUAAACUGGCCAAUACAGGUCUGUACGUACUGUCGGUCGUUACCUUUGCUGGCCUCUGCUACUUUAACUACUACGAUGUUGGUAUUUGCAAGGCUGUUGCCAUGCUGUGGAGCCUCUAAGAUGCGACCGAGGCCCUGACAGACACGAUUGUUCACUGCUGCCUCUGCUUCAUCAUAUUUUUAUCAA